AUGAACGCCACAUCACCGGAGAUUCCUCCAUACACAAUGGCUUCAGGAUUCCCGUCUGUGGGUCCCGACAACACAGCAUACGACCUCAUUGCCUCUCAGUUUGCCGCGCGUAUCGUAUCAAAUGAGAACGGCUACUGCACCCCGUCAUCCUUUUGGUCAGGCCCUCCAAGCCCGACAUCAAGCGUCGAUACCAACAAACAUGAGGCCGGCGACUCCCACGAUGAGUGUAGCCACUCUUCAACAAGUGCUGGAGAAAGUCUCGCCGAUAAAGUAUCCUCAAAAGGCAGACGCUCCAACAGAUACAAAAACUGCAGCGAGACCGUGCUCUCGAAACGGCGUGCCCAGAACCGCGCCAACCAGCGCGCCUACCGCAAGAGAAAGGAGCAACGACUGGAGGAGCUCCAGCACCAGAUCGACGACAUGGCGCAGAAGAACGACGCCCUCUGCUGCGCGUACAGGCUCCUGGCGAACGAAUGCUGUCGCCUCCGCGCCGGGCAGAUGUGCGAGCAGUCGGCCGCGACCUGGAACAUGAACGGCGGCGACCUGAUUCUCGACGCGGCUGCCCUCGACGCCUACCGCCCCAACCCCAUCCCGAUCUCAAGUCCGAUCGAAGAGUCAUACCUCGACUAUCCCGCGACUCCCGACAAAUUGUGGAGCCCCUAUCCGUGA